AUGGCGGCUGCCAAGAGAAAGCAUGAUGAUGGCUCGGCUGUGCGGCCGAAGAAGCGAGUUAAGAGGGCCCCGAGCGCGCCUGAGCCGGACGCCAAGCUGGGCCCGGACGCAGCGGGGCCGGAGGAGUACAGCAUCCCGCCGCCGGUCUCCCAGGGUAAAUGGAAAAACAAGGAGCGAGUGCUUAUUUUCUCUUCUCGUGGAAUUAAUUUCAGAACAAGACACCUAAUGCAAGACUUGAGGACACUGAUGCCUCACUCUAAAGCAGAUACAAAAAUGGACCGGAAGGACCAGUUGUUUGUAAUUAAUGAGGUGUGUGAGAUGAAAAACUGCAAUAAAUGCAUCUUUUUUGAAGCCAAAAAGAAACAGGAUCUCUAUAUGUGGCUUUCAAAUACACCACAGGGACCAUCAGCUAAAUUCUUAGUGCAGAAUGUUCACACACUGGCUGAAUUGAAGAUGACAGGAAACUGCCUAAGGGGCUCACGGCCCCUUUUGUCUUUUGAUCCAACAUUUGACAAGGAGCCACACUAUGCCCUGCUAAAAGAAUUGUUUAUUCAGAUAUUUAGUACACCACAGUAUCACCCCAAAAGCCAGCCUUUUGUAGAUCAUGUUUUCACAUUCACCAUUACGGACGAGAGGAUCUGGUUUCGGAAUUACCAGAUAAUAGAAGAAGAUGCAUCUCUAGUAGAAAUUGGGCCUCGUUUUGUCCUGAACCUCAUAAAAAUCUUCCAAGGUAGUUUUGGAGGACCAACUCUUUAUGAAAAUCCUCAUUACCAGUCCCCAAAUAUGCAUCGACGGCUGAUAAGAUUGUCAGUGGCGGCUAAGUUCAGAGAGAAACAGCAAGUGAAGGAGGUACAAAAGAUUAAGAAAAAAGGGAGUAAGGUGCUUAUUGGAGAAGAUCCCACUGAAGUGGUCUUUGAAACUCCAGCUGAAGAAAAGCCAGUGGAAAUACAGCUUGUGAAACCAGAGUCAAAGGCAAUUGUUAAAGAUAAAAAGAAGCCACGCAAAAUUCAGAGGAAGAAGCAAAAAAAGCUUUUAAGAAUUGAAGCAUCAGCAUAAAUGUUGCAAGUUGAAACUAGCUGUAUUGACAUAAUAUUGUAAAUACUUGUUUUUACAGGCAAAACUAACUGGACUUCAGUUUUAAGUAAACAAAAUAUCAAUUUCUUUAUUAGGAUUGAGUUUGCAGUCUU